AUGAAUUUAAAGGUUAUUUAUUUUUAUUUUGUUGUACAGGCUUUGGCCUCGGUAAUUAAGCUUGAUCACAUUGCAAAUAACUCCUCAGAAGAGUUCCCAGUGCAAGCAGCCAAGGUUCAAAAUGACGAGUUUCAAGAAUAUUCACUUUCGUUGCGGACUAAACUCAAUCCCGCCGUCAUGAAGUACGUCUGCAAAUAUAAUCCCAAGGCCAUUCUUCGUUUCGAGGAUACUGGAACCAUUAUGGUUCCGGACAUUGCGUCUUGGUCGAUGGCUGCGAAAAAAUACAAGUACUAUGAAGUUGACACCAGUGGCCCUAAAACUGCUGAAAAUGACGAAGAGUCAAGACCGGGGUCUGGAGAUAAUGAUGAAGAGUCAAGAACGAAGGAAAGUCAAAUAGACAGUCCGCUCUUUCCUGCAAGUAACUGUGUUCUGGUAGCGGACAGCGAAGGUAAUUCCGGUUCGGUGAGUCUCAACUAUGCUCUUAAGCUUCUGAUACAGCCACAUACCGCUAUGGGAGCCAAUUGGGUGGUUUCUACGUUGGCUUUCAAGUUUGGUUCCAAAGCACCUGUCACCACCACUACCGGUUCUUGGACCGGUUCGCACACCUGUAUUGGUCAAAAGGGCACUGCCACAAGACUUAUGUACAGACCACCCAUUGUCCAGUUACAGGCCAAAGGACGUGCUAUAUACUACGACAAGAGAGCCAAUAAGCUUGAUCAGGAACCAAACUGGACGGCCAUGGACCCAGUCAAGAUGAUCACGGAAGAAAUGCCUUUUUUCUACUGUAUGAACUGGAAAGGUACCGAGUGUGAAGAGACGCAAUCUGAGUAUGUCGACGAAGCGGGAACACAAUAUGUGGCCCAGAUGUAUUAG